CUCGUCUUAACGGCAACGGGGUUAAUAUUUUUUUCUUCCAUCUUCCUGGGUCCUAGAACGAAGGAAAGAGCGAAAUCCGUGACAAGAAAAUAGUAACAAUGCUUAUUGAUGCUAUCAAAGAGGGCGACUGUCGAGGGAUCGCAGCAGCCCUGGGCAGAGGAGAUCAGCCUGAUGGCAACCCAACACAGGGAAAGAAACCGAUACAUUAUGCUACUGAAAGCGGGUCGACGGACGCCGUUGCGCUGCUUUGUGACAGGGGUGCCAACCUGGAAGUAGGGGAUACCGAAAACCAGGGAAGAAAGCCGUUACAUAUCGCAGUCCAGAAUGGGAAUUUUGAAAUUGUACAAACACUGCUUGAAAGAGGAGCCGACCCAAAUGCCAAGGACGAUGCAGGGAAAACACCUCUCAUCAUCGCUGCUAAUCGCAAUGCAGGUCAUAUUGCAAAAUUGUUAUUGGACAAAGGAGCGGACGUCAACAUCAAGGAUUCAAACAAUCUCUCGGCGCUGGGCAGGGCCAUACAAUGCACUUCCGAAACAGUCGUCCAACACUUACUGGACAAAGGGGCUUCAGUCGACGAGAAAGACGCAGGAGGCGGCGGUCUCAUGCACCAGGCCGCGCAGAUCGGGUCCUGUUAUAUUCUCGAGAUCCUUAAGGGCAAAGGAUGCGAGGUGGACGGCCGCGACCAGGAUCAGUGCACGCCCCUGCAUUGCGCUGCAGAGUACGGCAACCUGGCAGCCGUGAAGUGGUUCGUCGAGAAUGGUUCAGAUCUCAGCGCGGUCGACAAGAACAACCUGACGCCGAUCCAGAAGGCGCAGAAGGAGGAAUUCGUGGACGUGGUCUAUUGGCUGCGGGGGUAUGAGGACAACGAAGGCAUGAUGAAAAUCGUUAAAGCCCUGAGAAGGGGAGAUAUGAGAGCGAUUGAAGACAAAAUCAGCGAGGGAUUCGAUGUCAACUCUGUCUUUCAGGAAGAAAAUAAUAAAGACUGGAGUCCACUGCACAUUGUUGCUGAUGAGGGACACACGUCUAUCGUUGCCUCUCUACUAAACAAUGGAGCUAAUGUCGACUGUAAGAAUAGUGAAGGUUUAACGCCUCUCCACCUGGCCGCCUGGGGAGGGCACACGGAUUUCGUCAAGAUAUUAAUCGCAAACAACUGCGACGCUCAGGCAACAACUAAUGAAGGUAAUGGCAUUUUGAACAUUCACAAACUGCUUGUUACAAAACAGCUGUAGU